AAGUCUUCUAGAAUCCCCAAUGGACGUUCCGCUGUAGAUAAAUUAAUACCUGGUUCUGUAAAUUUGGACAUAAUCAAUCAACCUUGGCGUCGAUUAUCUGCUUGGGAGGCAGCCUGGUCAGCGGGGGUUUGUGGCGAAGGCGUUCGUGUGGGUAUCUUUGACACAGGUCUUGUAGAUACCAAUAUCCACAGUCACUUUCGCAAUGCCAAAAUUAAAGAUCGCUCAAAUUGGACGUGGAAGAUGAGUGAACGCAGCCUUCGAACAGUGAGUUUCGAGAUUUACGGUUUAAAGCUGAAUGGAUACUUUUCUUGGCUGAAGCAUCGGAUUCAUUUGAGUUGUUGGUCAUUAAGCUCCUAUGCUUGUCGGUUAUGCUUAUCCUGCGCAAAAAGGACCCAUUUUUGUCUCAAGUUUCCAUCAAAAGAUAACAAUCCCGGAGCAGUGGAUGGUCACGGCCAUGGGACCUUUGUAACAGGCCUCAUUUCUGCCGCUCCCGAUGUAGGCGCCCAUCCAGAUGACCUCACCUGCCCGGUUCCUGGAUUAGCUCCUCAGGCCGAACUUCACAUUUUCCGCGUCUUCACUGACGCUCAACUCUCAAUGACGUCGUGGUUCCUCGAUGCUUUCAAUUACGCCAUUAUUAAACGCCUUCACGUUAUCAACCUCUCCAAUGGGGGACCUGAUUUCAUGGAUCAGCCUUUCGUUGAAAAAGUGAAUGAACUUUCGGCGAAUGGAAUUCUUCUUGUAUCAGCAAUUGGUAAUGAUGGACCUGUCUAUGGGACACUGAAUAAUCCUGCAGAUAUGGCUGACGUUCUAGGAGUAGGUGGUGUUGAUGCUAACGGUGAUAUUGCGACUUUUUCUUCUCGUGGGGUCACAGCUAUGGAGAUGCAAGAUGGCUACGGACGUUUCAAACCUGACGUAGUUGGAUGGGCAAAUGGUAUUGUUAGUUCUAAUCUAGACGGGGGUUGUAAAACACUGUCCGGAACAAGUGCUGCUUCGCCAGUUGUAACCGGAUCUGUCGCACUCCUCAUCAGUGCUGCACUGUCAGAGAAAUCUACUGACCGUCCGCUAAUAAAUCCCGCAAGCUUGAAACAAGCAGUGAUUGGUGGAGCCGUGCCUUUAGUAGAUACUCAGGGAAAGAAAUUGCCAAUAUUCGGACAGGGUGCUGGUCUACUAAACCUUAAAAACUCAAUUGAUAUAAUUCGUCGAUUGAAGCCUCAGGCGAGUUUAUGGCCAAGUUUUCUGGAUUUUUCGGAUUGUCCGCACUUUUGGCCUUACUGCAGUCAGCCCCUUUAUGCCACCGGUAUUCCUGUCAUCGUUAAUGUGACAAUAAUCAACUCAAUGGGCGUCCAUGGUCGGGUUGUAGAUCGACCUGUUUUUCAUCCCAUUCUCAAGGAAGGUGGUGGAGGUUCCUAUCUCGAUAUCGGCGUUACUUACUCAUCCGUUCUCUGGCCAUGGACUGGCCAUCUCUCGUUGUACAUAUCUGUGGUGAAUACUCCUGAAGCUGCUGCUUUCAGUGGAGUGGCUGAAGGUUGGAUCAGUCUCAAAGUUGAAUCUGAUGAUCCGAUGUCCCAGACACCUCUUUCGACGGAAUUGAAAUUGCAACUCCGAGUCCAGAUAAUUCCAACUCCAGUGCGAAAGAAACGGAUACUCUGGGACGCCUUCCACAACAUUCGUUAUCCUGCUGCUUACGUUCCUACUGAUGAUUUAACCAAAAUCACUUCUCCUCUGGACUGGUUGGGCGACCAUAUUCAUACCAAUUUCCGUGACCUCUUCGAAAAUUUGCGCCAAGCAGGGUACUUCAUUGAGGUUCUUCAGGAGCCUUUCACCUGCUUCGAUGCUUCUAUAUACGGAACGUUAAUGAUCGUGGAUCCGGAGGAAGAAUUCUGGCCAGCAGAAGCUUUCAAGUUAGAAAAGGAUGUUAAGGAGAAAGGACUAUCCCUUCUUGUCUUUGGUGGUUGGUACAACACGUCAAUUCUUUCUAAUCUCAAAUUCUACGAUUCUAAUAAUAAACGACUGUGGGUGCCAAUUACUGGAGGUUCUAAUGUACCCGCUCUCAACAACCUCCUUUCCUCUCUUGGCAUUCAAUUAGGGUAUGCCUUAAUAAUGGAUCAAAUUUUUAGUGGUGAAAUCGAGGUGGGAUCACUUAAAGCAACAUAUCCUUCUGGAAGUUAUUUAGCUUCUAUGCCAACCCAAGGUCGUUCUCUCGUCCUUCCUCUUCCUCUUGUUGACCUCGGCCAGCAGGUUAUCAUUCGUGCUGGAGGCUUGAAUACGAGGAUGUCACGCUCAUUUGAUACUAAACAGAAGCUCCUCUUCUCAAAUCUGCGAUCAGUUCCUACUAAGAUGGACCCAGUAGUUCCUGUUCUUGGCCUUUGGACUUAUGAUUCCGACUCUCCAGGUUCUGUAGGAAGGGUCGCAGUAUUUGGAGAUUCAAUGUGCUUGGAUUCCUCAGGCGGACCAAAAAGCGACUGCUUCUGGCUGGCAAAGAGUCUUCUUGACUUUGCCCUAUCUGGAGAAAUUAGCGAACCUCUGGCCUCCCAUCUCGUACCUGCCACGCAAAUUCUCUCACCCAAACCAACUGGUUUACCGUUCCCGCAGGAAAAUUCGAAAUUUGAAGACUACAGUCGAGUCGUGCAGAAAAGCGGCACUCGCGAUACACCUCCAGUAUACCGACCUCUACAGCAGUGCAGGGCUGGUCCUCCAAGAGCACUGGUUGCGCCGGUUACUAUGGAUAAAGAAAUGCAAGUUUUCUUACUUUUUUGCAUUAAUGUAUCGUUUAUUAUCACAUAA